GUCCCUGCAGCCGCGGGAGGAGGAGGGGAGGGGAGGAAGAAGAUGCCGGGGAAGCUGAAGGUCAAGAUCGUGGCGGGGCGCCAUUUGCCGGUGAUGGACCGCGCCAGCGACCUGACCGACGCCUUCGUGGAGGUGAAAUUUGGAAAUACAACGUUUAAAACAGACGUGUAUCCCAAAUCACUUAAUCCUCAGUGGAAUUCUGAGUGGUUCAAAUUUGAAGUAGAUGAUGAAGAGCUCCAGGAUGAGCCUCUCCAGAUCACAGUUCUUGAUCAUGAUACAUACAGUGCCAAUGAUGCCAUUGGCAAAGUAUACAUAGAUAUUGAUCCUCUGCUCUAUAGUGAAGCAGCCACAGUUAUUUCAGGAUGGUUUCCAAUUUAUGAUACCAUUCAUGGUAUACGUGGGGAGAUUAACGUGGUGGUGAAAGUGGAUCUUUUCAAUGAUUUAAACAGAUUUAGGCAGUCAUCCUGUGGAGUCAAAUUUUUUUGCACUACAUCUAUUCCUAAGUGUUACAGAGCAGUCAUUAUUCACGGGUUUGUGGAAGAACUUGUAGUUAAUGAGGACCCAGAGUACCAGUGGAUAGACAGAAUCCGUACUCCCAGGGCAUCGAAUGAGGCUCGGCAAAGACUCAUUUCACUCAUGUCAGGUGAAUUGCAAAGGAAGAUUGGCUUGAAGGUGCUUGAAAUGAGAGGAAAUGCUGUUGUUGGUUAUUUGCAGUGUUUUGAUUUGGAGGGAGAGUCUGGACUCGUAGUGAGAGCCAUAGGAACAGCCUGCACGUUGGAUAAAUUAAGUAACACAGCAGCAUUUUUACCUGCAUGUAACUCCCCAUCCAAAGAAAUGAAGGAGUCUCCGCUGGUUCAUCCGCCAAGCCAUGGAUGCCGCUCGACUCACAACAGUCCAAUUCACACUGCUACUGGCUCACGACUUACUCAGAACUUCUCUGUGUCUGUUCCCACUCUCAUCUACACUGGAAUGGGCAGUGGGAGUGCUGGAAAAGAAGGGGGGCCAUUUAAAACUCUUUUAAGACAACAGACUCAGUCAGCUCUGGAACAAAGGGAAUUCCCGUUUUUUACCUUGACGACCUUCCCACCAGGCUUUCUUGUCCAUGUUGGGGGAGUGGUCAGUGCUCGCUCAGUGAAGCUCCUGGAUCGCAUCCACAAUCCUGCCUUUGUCGGAAUUAUGGGUAACACAAGAUCAUACAAACUGCUAGACUGGAAUAGUUUCAAUUCAGAUGAACCCGAAACACGAGAUGCCUGGUGGGCAGAAAUCAGACAAGAAAUAAAAUCCCAUGCCAAAGCAUUGGGUUGUCAUGCUGUAGUGGGCUACAGUGAAUCAACCAGCAUUUGUGAAGAGGUCUGUAUUUUGUCCGCAUCUGGCACAGCAGCUGUACUGAACCCUAGGUUCCUUCAGGAUGGCACCAUGGAAGGCUGUUUGGAACAAAGGAUUGAAGAAGCUUCACCACCAGGUUGUGGAUUUUGCCAUAUUCCAUAUGAUGAAUUGAACAUGCCCUUUCCUGCUCACCUCACUUACUGUUGCAACUGCAGAAAACAAAAAGUUCCUGAUGUCCUUUUCACCACAAUUGACCUUCCUGUAGAGGCAGUAGUUGUUGGGAAGGGAUGUCUUAUUCAAGCCAGGUUGUGCCGUCUGAAGAAGAAAGCUCAGGCUGAAGCAAAUGCAACUUCUAUCAGUAAUCUCUUGCCAUUCAUGGAGUAUGAAGUGCACACACAACUGAUGAACAAACUCAAGCUGAGAGGAAUGAAUGCCCUCUUUGGGCUGAGAAUUCAGAUCACUGUGGGGGAAAAUAUGCUGAUGGGCUUGGCAUCUGCCACAGGUGUGUAUUUAGCAGCUUUGCCAACACCUGGAGGUAUUCAGAUUGCUGGGAAGACUCCAAAUGAUGCCACCUAUGAUCAGCAUAUAUCCCAUAUGCAAAAGAAAAUAAAUGAUACAAUAGCAAAAAACAAGGAACUUUAUGAGAUCAAUCCUCCAGAGUUACCAGAAGAAAUUAUUGGGUCUCCCAUUCCAGAGCCAAGACAACGUUCCAGGCUAUUGAGAUCUCAGUCAGAAAGCUCAGAUGAAGUUACAGAGCUUGACCUUUCACAUGGGAAGAAGGAUGCUUUUGUCUUGGAGAUUGAUGACACAGAUGCAAUGGAAGAUGUACAUUCUUUACUGACAGAUGUUCCACCACCUUCUGGUUUUUACAGUUGCAACACAGAAAUUAUGCCUGGUAUAAAUAACUGGACACCAGAAAUUCAAAUGUUCACAGCAGUUAGAGUGUCCAGAUUAAGCAACAUUAACCCAACAAAUCAAACACUCAAUAAGAACUUUAAUGAUCUCUGUGAGAAUCUAUUGAAGAGUUUGUAUUUUAAACUCCGGUCUAUGGUUCCCUGCUGUCUUUGCCAUGUAAACUUUACUGUUGCUCUGCCAGAGGAUGAAUUAGUUCAGAUUGCAGUCACAGCUGUUGCUAUUACAUAUGACAAAAACCAAGCACUACAAGCCAACAAAGCACCUACUGAAAAAUCCCAGCAAAGAGCAUCUACAGACAAUGAAGAACAGCUACAAUUUCCCUUGGAACUUUGCUCUGAUUCCCUUUCUUCUCAACCAUUCUCUCCAGCUAAAGAAGUCCUGGAGGGUGCAAGUUCCCACACAGGUAUUCCUGCUGCUCAGAGAGCAACGUCAGUUGAUUACAGUUCCUUUGCAGACAGAUGCAACAGCUGGAUAGAGCUCAUUAAACUGAAAGCUCAGACCAUAAGGCGCGGAUCAAUUAAGACAACUACUUCCCUUGAAAAAGCAAGUCCGUUGGCUGAGGGAUACUUACGGCACCGUUCUGUCCCGUCAUGCACCAAUUCCACUGUCUCAGUUGUUAAGAUGACACCUCUUUCCUUUCUCCCUGGGGCGAAAAUAACCAAAUAUCUUGGGAUAAUCAACAUGUUUUUUAUACGAGAAACCACUUCUUUGCGUGAGGAGGGUGGAGUCAGUGGCUUCCUCCAUGCUUUUAUUGCUGAAGUGUUUGCCAUGGUGAGAGCUCAUGUUGCAGCUCUGGGAGGGAAUGCAGUUGUGUCAUACAUAAUGAAGCAAUGUGUUUUCAUGGAGAAUCCAAACAAAAAUCAGGCUCAGUGUUUGAUAAAUGUCAGUGGUGAUGCUGUCAUCUUUGUCCGUGAAUCUGAGCUAGAAAUGCUGCCAGUGCAGCCUUCUACAGUUGCUCCUCAGCCCACAAGUUCUGCAGGAGAUGUCACAACAUGAAGGCAGAACAAGUGAAGUAGUCUCUGCUAAAUAUAAAGAUUAUUUAAAAUGUGGAAAUGUUUAGGUUUGCAUCUUCAAAGUCAGUAUCACUCCAUGACAUUCACAACCAAAAUCCAGGACAAUCACUUUUUUUUUGUUGUCAUAUAACUUCCAUAAGUCAGAGCAGUGAACUGGCAGGUGUGCUCUGGUUCUUCUAUUGCUGUUCCUGGCCUCUGUGAAACCAGGCAGCAAGUGAGGCACUGACAGGAGAACAUGGAACUGUGGAAGGAAAAACUCUGUUGCAUUUUGGAGCUGUUCAGUGGCACUGUGAUAAGUUGUCAUUCAGAACCAUUUCUGAGUUUGAGUGUUGUCUGAGCUGAUUCUCAGGUCAGGGUGGGAGGGAGGUGCCUGAGAAGUCUGUGUUGGAAACCUUUGAUGAAGAAGGGAGAGAUUUGUGUGUAGGCCAAGAAAACAUGGGCUGGACUCUGAAACUGCUUUAUACUGUAGAGUGUGAAGAGGGAAAAGCAGUACCAAAAAGUUGCAGUUUGGAUUUCUGCAUAUUAAAAGUAUUUUUUCUUGUUUUCAUGUUGUUUUUAUAUUUGGUGGCUGGGGGAUGUUGUUUGUUUUUUAAAUUGUUUUUUAAAAGCUGCCACAUCACAAUGCUGUGAUCCGGGGCACCUCUGUGGUGGGACAAAACAACCCCAGAACACAACAAAAAGUUCCAGGGUUUGUCUGACGCUAUUACAAGAUGUUCACUUCAGUACUGACAAAGCAGGUCUUUUUGUUAUUUAAGACUUUGUGAAAGAAUUGUCCUGAUGUUCAUUUUCUUAAGGCAGGAUCUGUUUCAAGCAUGAUAUAAACAGUCCCCCAAAAAUCAGUUGUGCAGAAGUUAUUCUGCAGCCUCCUUCCUGUUUAAAUGCCUGACUAAUUGGAGAUCGAUGUAUGUGUGUGACACUGGUUCCUGCAGGUUGCUUUUGUGUUUGGGGUUUUGUUUGGGGUUUUUUGUUCUUUUCCAGUGCUGUAACUGGGAAAUAAGGGUACUGCAAAGACAGGAAAUUUGUCAUUUCCAGUAAAAGUCUGAAAGGUGGUGAUACUCUAUUGUAAAAAACAAACAACAAAAAAAAAAGUCAAACAAAAACCUUUGAUUUGAAGAUGCAUUCUUGCUUAAUUCUGGCAAUAUUGUACAUGGAACUUGAACAAAGGUGUAAACUUGAAUGUAAAUAUUCUGUUUAAUGUUGAAAUUAAGCAAUGGCAUGAUUAUUUGUUAAAACUAAUUAUUUCAUUGUAAAUGAGCAUGAAAAUCAU